GGGCUGGACCUCUGAGAUUGCUCCCUCUGUAGGAAAUAUUGCACCAUGAACAGCCUCCUGCUCUGGCUGCUCAGCACCCUGUGGACAUGGGCAAUUGCCCCAGAGUCCCCUUUGCCUCACGUGGAACAGUAUGAAGUAGUGUGGCCCCGGCGCCUGGCUAAAUCCCGUGCCCAUCGAGCUCUAACCCCCCACAAGGGGCCAUACCCAGAAAGCGUGAGCUAUGUCCUUGGGGCCAGAGAGCACACUUUCACCCUCCACCUACAGAAGAACAAGGACCUGCUGGGCUCUGGCUACAAGGAGACCUACUCAGUUGCCAAUGGUUCUGAGGUGACAGAGCAGCUGCAUGGGCAGGAUCACUGUCUCUACCAGGGCCAUGUGGAAGGGCACCAAGGCUCAGCUGCCAGCCUCAGCACUUGUGCUGGCCUCAGGGGCUUUUUCCAGGUGGGUUCCACUGUCCACCUGAUAGAGCCUCUAGAUGAGGGAGGUGAGGAAGGACGGCAUGCAAUGUACCAGGCCAAGCACCUGCAGCAGAAAGCUGGGACUUGUGGGGUCAGCAAUACCAGCCUCCACAACCUCCUGGGAAUAGAGCCUCGAGUCUCGGCACUCUUCAGGUCUCAGCCCCAGAACUGGCCAACCCAUGGAAUCCGCUACGUGGAGCUAUAUGUCGUCACAGACAGCAGAGAGCUCCAGCUGCUGGGGAGCAGAGAGGCUGUGCGCAGUCGAGUGCUAGAGGUGGUGAACCACGUGGACAAGCUUUAUCAGGAACUCAAUUUUCGUGUGGUCCUGGUGGGCCUAGAGAUAUGGAAUAGAGACAAGUUCUCCAUCAGCCGCUAUGCCAAUGUCACACUAGAAAACUUUCUGUCCUGGAGGGCGAGAGACCUGCUGGGCCGGCUUCCACAUGACAACGUGCAGCUCAUCACGGGUGUUGACUUUAUUGGGACAACUGUGGGACUGGCCAGGGUGUCUGCUGUGUGCUCCCAGGAUUCAGGAGCUGUAAACCAGGAUCACAACAAGAACUCCAUUGGCGUGGCAUCCACCAUGGCCCAUGAGCUGGGCCACAACCUAGGCAUGAACCACGAUGAGAAUAUCCAGGGCUGCUACUGCCCUGUGUCCCAGGAGCGAGGCGGCUGCAUCAUGACGGAAAGCUUUGGCUCCAAGUUUCCCAGGAUAUUCAGCAGGUGUAGCCAGUCUGAUCUGCAGAUAUUCAUGGAAAAACCCCAGACAGGCUGCCUGGCCAAUGCCCCAGAUGUCAACCGCCUGGUGGGCGACCCUGUGUGUGGAAACUUAUUUGUGGAACGUGGGGAGCAGUGUGACUGUGGUGCCCCUCAGGACUGUCAGAAUCCCUGCUGCAAUGCCAGUACCUGUCAGCUGGCCAAGGAUGCAGUGUGUGCCCAUGGUGACUGCUGUCAUGAGUGCAAGGUAAAGCCAGCUGGUGAGCUAUGCCGCCCUCAGAAGGACAAGUGUGACCUGGAGGAGUUCUGUGAUGGCCAAAAGCCAACAUGCCCUGAGGAUGCCUUCCAGCAGAAUGGCACCCCCUGCCCGGGGGGCUACUGCUUCAAUGGAAACUGCCCCACUAUGGCCCAGCAGUGCCAGGAACUAUGGGGGCCAGGAGUAUCAGUUGCAGCAGAUGCCUGCUUUACCUACACCAUACCUCCAGGCUGCAGUGGCAGAAUACUCUCUGGCAAGGUCAACCGAUGUGGGGUCCUGUACUGUGCAGGGGGCCAGAAGCCCCCUGAGCGUGGCUCCUGUACCUUCUCCUCCCACAUGGGAGUCUGCCAUGCCCUCCUCACAGACAGCAACACUGACAUCUAUGAACCAGUGCUCCAGGGCACCAAGUGCGAGGAGGGGAAGGUUUGCUGGGAAGGACACUGCCAGGAUCUCCACAUCUAUGGAUCUAAAAACUGCUCCACCAAGUGUCACAACCAUGGGGUGUGCAACCACAAAAGGCAGUGCCACUGCCAGGCAGGUUGGGCCCUACCCCAUUGCUCAGAGCUGCUGUCAGACGUGCAUGCAGCAUCCAGGAGCCUUCCAGUCAGUGUGCUUGUGGCCCUGGUGAUCCUGGUGGUAGUGAUAGUCAUCUUGGCAAGUUUCAUCAUCUACCGCAAGGCCUGGAGCCAAGUCCAGAGGAGGACUGUGGCUCCCAAGCCCACGCCAGGGCUUUCAAACCCCCUGUUCUACGUAAGGGGCAGUGAUAUGCCAGCUAAAGGCAAGAUUCCAGCUCCCACAGAGCUGGUCUCUACCAGCCAGCCCCCCAGACCCACAGUGACCCCAAAGAGGCUAUCCCUUGCGCCUCCAGUUGCCAUGUUCAGUCCACCCCUUCCAGUUCCUGUCUACAAGCAGCAGGUGCCAGACCAGCUCAGGCCUGCCCCGCCCACAAAGUCCCUCCCAAAGCUGAAGCCCAAGCAGGUCAAGCCAACCUUUGCACCCCCAUUGCCACCAUCGAAGCCCAGGGCUGGAGACACCAUGCCAGGAGUGACUCAGGAGGGUAAUCCUUCUGGUGGCCCAAAGGUUGCCCUGAAGCUUCCUGUCCAGAGGAGGUGACUAGCAAGGGCACCCCCAGGGGAUUCUUGAGGGCCUUUGGAAGUUUGAAGAAGUCUUUGUUCCAGUGGACAUGCUCCUAGAUGACAGAGCCACAGCUCAGGACUAAGGCUAGACCUGCAAACACUGUUCUGACCUCAAGAAUGAAUCCUUCUAUGGCUCUUGCUGGCCAAUUCAGGCCUGUCCUCUCAGACUGUCCUGUCACUCGCUUUGGACACAUGUCUGCAGUCACCAGACUAGGAUGGAGCCACUGGUGGGUGGGUGGGUGUCUGUCCCUGAGGCUACUGCUUUUCUGAGUGCUCUGGAUUCCAAAAGCCCUCUCACAGACUCCCUUGCAUGACUCCUUCCAAUGCUGAGGAAGCUCUGAGUAGUAGGUGAGGAGGGAUCAACACGUGCUUGGUCUACACUUACAUGCAACCCAAAUACAUGAUUUAGGAAGAAAAGGCCAUGGUUCUGCUUAUGCUAGCCCAGAAGGCACCAUCAUUUAUGGCCGUGGUGCCAGCAGCUGAAAACUACUCCUUAAUAAAGAUUCUAUUUUAGCAGUA